CGGCAACCCGGAAGAGAUUCUGCCUAGAGCGGGUCACGUGAAAAUGGCCGCUGGCUGAGGUGCACCUUGAUGCUAGCAAGAGAUUCUGUGCCUGAAGAGUGGGACUCCAUUAAUCAUGACCAGCAAUCUGGACAUUUUUGUGGGGAACACCACCUUGAUCGAUGAAGAAGUCUAUCAGCUGUGGCUAGAUGGAUAUUCUGUCGACGAUGCCGUCUCCCUUCGGCUGCGUUCUGGCAUCUUGGAGCAGACGGGCGCCACGGUUGACGUCCUCCAGAGCGACACCAUGGAUCACUACCGCACCUUUUACAUGCUGGAACGCCUCCUCCAUUCUCCCCCCAAGCUGCUAAACCAGCUGCUUUUCCAGAUCCCGCCUUGCCGGCAGACGAUGCUAAUCGAAAGGUAUUAUGCCUUCAAUGCUGCUUUUGUCCGUGAGGUGCUGGGGAAAAAGCUAUCAAAAGGAACCAAGAAAGAUCUGGAUGAUAUCAGUGCCAAAACUGGGGUGACCCUUAAAAGUUGCCGCCGACAGUUUGACAAUUUCAAGCGGGUUUUCAAAGCCGUGGAAGAAUUACGCGGGUCGCUGGUAGAAAAUAUUCAACAGCAUUUCUUGCUUUCCGAUCGGUUAGCCAGGGACUACGCCGCCAUUGUAUUCUUCGCCAACAGCCGCUUUGAAACCGGGAAGAAGAAACUGCAGUAUUUGAGCUUCGAGGAUUUCGCCUACUGCGCUGAACAGAUGAUCGAGAAUUGGACUUUGGGGGCGAUGGACACCAACGUAGACGACAUGGACGUCGAUUUGGAUAAAGAAUUUUUACAGGGCCUGAAGGAGUUAAAAGUUCUGAUUGCCGACAAAGAUCUACUAGACCUGCACAAGAGCCUGGUUUGCACAGCACUGCGGGGGAAAAUCUCGGUCUUCAGUGAGAUGGAAGCCAAUUUUAAGAAUCUCAGUCGGGCUUUGAUCAACAUCGCCUCGAAGCUCACCCACACCAAAGACGUGCGGGAUUUUUUCAUUGAUCUAGUGGAAAAGUUUGUGGAGCCGUUCCGUUCCGACAAAUGGAGCUCCAACGAUGUGCAGCUUUUCCUGACCCACUACACGGCCAGCGCACACUCGUUGGAAGUGUUCAGACCUCUGGCUUUCUCCUCUUGCAGGCAUCAAGUACUUUGGGAACGAUACAUGGGUACUCUCAAGGCCUGCCUGCUGAAGAUAUACCAUGAUUAAACCCCCACAAUUUCUGUUUUUAAUUUAAAAAAAAAAACAGAUGUUAAUAAUUUAUUUCGGGAGAGACUCCCUCAAGGCCAAAGUGCCUGUUCCUCCAGGACAGAUCUCCUCUCAUUUGUGACCCAAAGCUCAUCCUUCACCUCCCCUUUACCUUUUUUUAUUCCCCUUCAUUUUGACACUGAGGACUAGUCAAUUAGUUUGAGUAGUUGUUUUGCUUUUUUGUUUUGCUCGGAUGAAAUAAAGAAUCCGUUUCGUCCCAA